GCUAUUUACAGAUUGUUUCAUUUACUUUAAGAGCUAUUGCUUCACUUGCAUGUGGCAGGAAAAUGAGAUUUCAACAAUUUUUUUGUGUGUUUUUAAUUUUUAUGAUGAGUCUUCACCUUAUCCAUGGACAAAGACCAGCUAAUCUGGCCCUGAGAAGAAAACUGCACAGACAUAACUGUCUUCAAAGAAGAUGUAUGCCUCUCCAUUCCCGAGUCCCCUUCCCCUGAGAUACAGAA